UUGGAUGAAGUAUCCAUGUUGGAGAGGCAUGAGAGAUGGAUGGCUCACCAUGGACGCACUUAUAAGGAUAAUGCAGAGAAAAAAAUGCGUUUCAAGCUUUUCAAGCGCAAUGUAGAGUUAAUUGAGUCUUCCAACCGUGAUGGGAAUCGGCCUUAUAAGCUAAGUGUCAAUCAAUUUGCUGAUCAAAGUAAUGAAGAAUUCCAGGCUUCUUACAAUGGAUAUAAAAGGCUCUCCAAUCGGCCUAGAUCAUCUCAAGGGGCACCAUUUAGGUAUAACAAUGUGACUAUUGUGCCAUCUAGAAUUGAUUGGAGAAAGAAAGGAGCUGUUACCCCUGUAAAGGACCAAGGAACAUGUGGAUGUUGCUGGGCAUUUUCUGCGGUUGCAGCCAUGGAGGGGAUCACCUACAUCAAAACCGGAAAGUCAGUCUCCCUUUCAGAGCAAGAACUAGUUGAUUGUGACACUAAAGGUGAUAACGAAGGUUGUGAAGGUGGUCUAAUGGAUGAUGCCUUUAAAUUUAUCAUCCACAACAGAGGCCUUACAACUGAAGGAAAAUAUCCCUACAAGGGAGAUGAUGGAAUUUGCAACAAGAACAAAAUAGCAUCCCAUGCAGCCAAGAUCACAGGGUAUGAACAUGUUCCUGCCAACAACGAGAAGGCAUUGCUCAAGGCAGUGGCCAAUCAACCAGUUUCUGUUGCCAUUGACGCUAGCAGUUUUGACAUUCAAUUUUACUCGAGCGGGGUCUUCAAAGGAGAAUGCGGAAUAGAAUUAGACCAUGGUGUUACCGCAGUUGGUUAUGGAACUGCAAAAGAUAGGACUAAAUAUUGGUUAGUAAAGAAUUCAUGGGGCACUGAUUGGGGUGAAGAUGGAUACAUGAGGCUGGAGAGGGGUAUUGAUGAUAGGGAAGGUCUAUGCGGCAUAGCCAUGGAGGCUUCCUAUCCCAAUGCUUGAAUCAUAGUCAGUGGUGAA